AUGCGUUCCUCGAUUCUCAAUCUAGCCUCCUUGGUGCUGACCGGCGGCGGCAUCGCUUCCGCUGCCGCGACGGGCUGCAGGAACUCUACGACGUCCUCGUGUAAGUAUUUCCCCGGAGACGAGGGAUGGCCGUCCGCGGACGUGUGGGCGAAGUUCAACGAGACCGUUGGCGGGCGUCUCGUCGCCACGGUUCCCUUGGGCACGCCCUGCCACGGGGACAGCUACAACGAGACCGAGUGCGCGCGCCUGCAGGACGCAUGGCUUUACUCCGAAGUUCAUAUGGAGUCCUCCUCCUCGGUCAUGGCCCCCCUGUUCGCCAACGCCAGCUGCGAUCCCUUCCUGCCCAAGGACUCGCCCUGCACCUUGGGCAACUAUGUCAGCUUCGCCGUCAACGCCUCCGGCCCUGCAGACAUCGUGGCGGCGUUGAAGUUCGCCGAUGAGAAGAAUGUAAGGUUCGUCAUCCGCAACACCGGCCACGACUACAACGGCCGGUCCACGGGCGCCGGAGCCCUCGCCGUCUGGACCCACUACCUCAAGGGCACCGAGGUGAUCGACUGGGAGGACGAGCAGUACGUCGGCAAGGCCCUCAAGGCCGGCUCCGGUGUCCAGGGUUUCGAGGCUAUUGCUGCCGCUAAGGAAGCCGGCUUGGCCGUUGUCACCGGAGAGUGCCCUACCGUCGGUCUCGCUGGAGGAUAUAUCCAGGGUGGCGGACACAGUGCUUUGUCGACCGUCUAUGGAUUGGCUGCUGACAACACUCUGUCUUUCGAUGUUGUCACACCCACCGGCGAGCUGGUCACGGCUUCGAGAAACGAGAACCAGGACCUGUACUGGGCUCUCAGCGGAGGCGGCGGCGGAAACUACGGCGUCGUGACCUCCAUCACCGUCCGCGCCCACCCGGACGCCCCCGUCAGUGGUGCUAAGUUCGCCGUCACCGUCCCCACGAACAACACGGCGCUGCUGAACUCCGUCAUCGACACCUUCCACGCCGCCCUUCCGGACAUCGUCGACUCAGGCGUCAUGAUCAUCUACUUCUUCGGCCCCGGCUUCCUGCAAUCCCCCGCCAUGACGGCCUACAACAAGACCCAGGCCGAGACCGCGGCCAUCCUCAAGCCCCUUAUCGACUCCCUCGCGACCCUCGGCAUCACCUUGGAGCCGACCUACACCGAGUUCGAGAGCUACCGGGACCACUAUGACCACUACUGGGGUCCUCUGCCCUCCGGAAACAUCCAGGUCGGAACCCAGCUGUUUGGUGGCCGCCUGCUUCCGCGCGCCAAGUUGCCGGACUUCGGCCCGACUGCGCACAAGCUUGUCGAGCUCGGCGUAACCUACAUCGGCGUCGGCCUCAACGUGUCUCACUUUGGCGGCGACAACGCCGUCCUGCCGCAGUGGCGCGACUCCAUCGUCCAGGUCUCUCUCACGUUGCCGUGGAGCUUCGAGGUUCCCUUCGCCGACAUGGUCGCCGAGCAGAACCGCAUGACCGAGGUCGUCCAGCCCGUUAUCGAGGCUGCUACCCCGGGUGCUGGUGCGUACAUCAACGAGGCCGAUUUCCAGCAGAAGGACUGGCAGGAGACCUUCUUUGGUGUGAACUACCCCAAGCUUCUGGAGGUCAAGCAGAAGUACGAUCCCAAGGGUCUGCUGUACAACGUUGCUGCUGUCGGUAGUGACGCCUGGACUGUUGACGACCACGGCCGUAUGUGCCGGAGCUGA